UAUUCCUAUUUCCUACUAAAAAACAUAGAGUCAAUGAGCAAGAAAAGAAACUAUCUUCCGUUGAGGUCCACUUUUGAAGAGACUUUUCCUACUCUACUUUCCCUCAUUUCUUUUGAGUCUGACUCUUGUCCUCUGAAUUAAUUUUCACAGCAGCUUUUGUGUUGUCACUCUUCAUCCUCUCAUCUUGGUUUUAGUUUGCUCCACUUCUCAAAACAAAAAGAAAGAGUUUGAGACUUUCUACUUUACGCCAUUGAUUUUCGUUGCAGCCAUCUCUUAGUUUGGUUCUGCUUUACUCGAUCCAGUUCCUUUUUUAAAAAAGAAAAAAAAAAUCAAACUUUUUACCUUAAUUUUCGUUGCAGUUUUUUGUGUUAGUAUCCUAUCAUUUUAGUUGUACUCUGCUCCACUUUUCCAAAAAAGAAAAAAAAAAAAAAGUAGUUAAGUAUUUUAAGCUUCUCAUCCCCUGCUCUCAUUUACUAUAGCGAUUAUCCUUGAUCUGUGAAGUCAUUGAAGAAAAACCUACAAAAAUUGUAGUGUGAAGGAGAGAGUUUGUUUGCUUUGUUUUACUUGUCAAGACUUGUAACGCAGGGAAAAGAAGAAGGUAUCGCCAACUGUUCACAGUUACUGCUACUCAGCAAAGUGACUAUCCGAGUGGAAAACAAAACAAGCUGCUCUGGAAUAGUUUGAGAUCCUAAAGAGAGAGUUUGUUUGUUCUGUUUUUCUUAUCAAGACUUGUAACGAAGGGGAAAGCAGAAGGUAUCGCCAACUGUUCACAAUUACUGUUACUUAGCACAUUGAUUAUCCGAGUGGAAAACAAAACAAGCUGUUCUGGAAUAGUUUGAUAUCCUCAAAAGAGAGCAACCAUCCUUGAUCUGCUAAGUCAAAGGAGUAGAAGAGAAACCUGCUCAAAUUGUAGUGUGAAGGGGAGAGUUUCAUUUUAAUUUUCUCUACUUAUCAAGACUUGUAACAAAGCGAAAAGAAGAGGGUAUCGCUAAGUGUUCACGUUUACUGAUACUCAGCAUAGAAAGGAAAACAAGCUGCUCUGGAAUAGUUUGAUGUCCUAAAGAGAGAGCUUUCGGCUUUCCUUUGGAUGCCCGCGUGAAGACAGUAGAAGACUAUCUUCAUUAAUAUUCCAAAAAACAGAGCGACCAUCCUUGUUAUGCCAAGUCAAAGGAGUAGAAGAGAAACCUGCUAAAAUUGUAAUGUGAAGGAGAGAGUUUGCUCUACUUAUCAAGACUUGUACAAAGGGAAAAGGAAAGGGUAUCGUCAACUAUUCAGUUUACUGAUACUCAUUAGCAAAGUGACUGUCCCAGUGAUUAAAAAAAAAAAGUGACUGUCCAAGGUGAAAACAAGCUACUCUGGAAUAGUUUGAAAUCCUAAAGAGAGAGCUUUCAGCUUUCCCGACCUGCGUGAAGACAGUAGAAGUCUAGAAGACUAAUUAUCUUUCAUUAAUUAAUAUUCCAAAGACAGAGACAGCAGCCCGACCCGAAAACACAAAAAAGCAGAAAAUGGAGAUUCUUACGGAGACCGUUAAAGUGAUCGUUGAAACAAUUGUGGGUUGCACAACUGGAGCAGUGGGACGUCAGAUGGAUUAUCUGAUUAGCUACAAAAAAAAUGUUGAGAAACUCAGCAACAAAGUUGACGAUCUCGAAGAUGCUAGAAAGAGUGUGGAAGAUAAGGUUGAAGCUGCUAGAAAGAACGUACAAGAAAUUGAUGCUAAGGUCCUGAGGUGGCUGGAACGUGUUGAAACGAUCACUAAAGAUGCCCCCAAAUUCCUUAAAGAGGAAGGUCAAGCAAAGUUGAAGUGUUUUAAUUUGAAGGCCCGUUAUCAGAUCGGAAGAAGAGCACACAAGAUGGGAUUGGCCGUCAAGGAACUCAAGGAUACGGCCGACACGUUCGAUACAGUUGGUCAUCGUGUCGAUCUGCGAGGAGGUACCACAAUUUUCACUAAAGGUUAUGAGGACUUUGAAUCAAGAAAGUCAACUUUGAAUGGAAUUAUGAGGGCUCUGAAAGCUGAUAAUAUCCGUGCCAUUGGGGUCUAUGGGAUGGGAGGCGUGGGCAAAACCAUGCUUGUUUGGAAAGUUGCCACACAAGCCAUAGAAGACAAGAUAUUUGAAACGGUUAUUACAGUAGUUGCAUCUCAAACUCCAGACUUGGAAAAGAUCCAGAAAGACAUUGCGAAUGAAUUGGGUUUGAGUUUUGAAGAUAAGAAUACAGACUUUCAAAAAGCACGUUUGCUACGUGAGAGGUUGAAGGGAGAGAAGAUCCUUGUUAUUAUAGAUGAUAUUUGGAACAAGCUUGACUUGGACGUUCUUGGAAUUUCUUUUGAGGGUGAUCAUAAAGGAAGCAAAUUAUUGUUGACGUCUAGAUCUCUUGAUGUAUUAGUCACGGAUAUGGAUGUUCAAGAGAAAUUUGAGGUUGGAGUUUUAUCAGACAAAGAAGCAAGAUCCUUGUUUUCAAAGAUAGUGGGUGAUUUAGCUGAAAAUUUGAAUUUACAAUCUACCAUGGUUGACGUUGUCAAAGAAUGUGCCCGCUUACCGAUUGCGAUUACAACAGUUGCAAAUGCAUUGAAAAGUAAAAAGGACCCAAAUGUUUGGAAGAAUGCCGUGCGACAAUUAAAAAGGGCAAAUCCAACACAGAUCAAAGGGAUGCAUGAGAAGGUAUACUCAAGUAUAAAGUUUAGUUACGAUUUUGUAACUAAGGAAGCGCAAUCUUUAUUCUUGUUCUGCAGUAUAUUUGAAGAAGAUAAGGUCAUAGAAAUAGAUCUCUUAUGGAGAUAUUUGGUGGGUUUGGACUUCUUUGAAGAUGUUUAUAAAAUGGAAGAAGUGAGAAAUAUGGUCCACACAUUGGUCAAUAGUCUAAAAGAUGCUUGCUUGUUGUUGGAAGGUAAUAGAAGUGGUACAUUUAAAAUGCAUGACGUCAUUCGUGAUGUUGCCAUUUAUAUUGCAGACAAAGAGGAGAAAAUGUUAACCAUAAGAAGUUUAGAAGGUCUGGAAAAAUGGAAAGAUUCUUUUGGAAUCGCACUUUUUGAUGUUGACUUUAAUGAGCUUCCUGAAAGGUUCGAAUGUCCACAACUUAAGUUCAUUUUUUUGGCUAAUAAAAAAUUUCCUAAGCAACCAAUUCCUAAUAACGUUUUUGAAGGAAUGAAAGAGCUUAGAGUUUUAGUUUUGAUUAACGCAAGUCUUCCGCAUCUUUCAUCCAUUUCAUGCCUUCACAACCUCCAAAGUUUAUUUUUGGAUAGCUGUGAGUUGGAAGACGUGGCUUUAAUUGGAGAAUUGAAGAAUUUGAGAGCUCUUACCCUAUCAGGUUCCAACAUAAAGCAGUUACCCAUGGAAAUAAGGCAGUUGACUCGCCUUCAAUUGUUGAAUUUGAAGCGCGCCGAACUUAAAGUCAUUCCAUCCAAUGUAUUUUCACAUUUGAGAGGGUUAGAAGAACUGUAUAUGAGUCGCAGCUUCAAUCAAUGGCAUGUUGAUGGAGAAAUCACAGAAAGAAACAAUACUAGGGUCUCUGAGUUAGACCAUAUGCCACUCUUGACCACAUUAGAUAUAAAUAUUUCCAAUCCUAAGAUUCUACCAAAAGCCUCGCUUUUUGAGAAAUUGGAAAGAUAUGAAAUAUUAAUAGGCAAUAAUUGGGAUCAGUAUUGGUAUCUUGGUAGUGUUGAGUUUGGAAUCUCAAGAACGUUGAAACUUGAACUUGAUAGAGGCUUGCAAGUAGAGGACGGGAUUAAAGUUUUAUUGAAAAGCUGUGAAUAUCUUGAACUGACUCCUAAGGAGGGUAUUAAAAAUAUUCUUUACGAAGUUGACAAGGAAGGUUUUCCACAAUUGAAGCAUCUCUACGUUCGAAACAGCACUGAGAUUCAAUACAUCGUUAACUUGAUGGAGUUUAAAUGUGUUGCAUUUCCUGUUUUACAGUCACUUUCUCUACAUAAUAUAGAAAAUCUUGAAGAAAUAUGCCAUUACCAAGUUCCUAUGGGGUCUUUCCUUAGCUUGAAAAAGUUAAAAGUAAGGAAAUGUGAAAAGUUGACAUCUGUCUUCUCCUUAACUAUGUUUGGAUGCUUUUCUCAACUUCAAGAAAUAAAGAUUGAAGAUUGCAAGGUCAUGUGUGCAAUUUUUUCAAAGGAAAGAAAACACGAGAUACAAGUCAACCACGACAUCAGAACGGAUAUAAUUGACUUCACUCAAUUGCGUUCUUUGUAUCUGCAAAACUUACCAAAUUUGGUGGGUUUCCAUCCUGAUGCUGAUUCUCAGCUGCUUUUCAAUGAAAAGGUUGCAAUUUCUAACUUGGAGGAAAUAUACAUCGAAGGCAUAGAUAACCUGAAGAUGUUAUGGCACAAUCAUCAAGUCGUUCCAGAUUCCUUUUGCAAAAUAAAAAAGUUGCAUGUUGGCAGUUGUAAAAAUCUAAUGAACAUUUUUCCUCCUAAUAUGUUGAGAAGACUCCGGAAUCUUGAAGAAUUAACGAUAGAGGAUUGCAAUUUGGUAGAAGAGGUCUUUGAGGUUAGAGGGGAAAAUGUUGAUGAAAUAUGUGAUAAGGGAUCCACUCAGUUGAGACACCUGACUUUAAACAAUUUACCGAAACUUAAGCAUGUAUGGACUUCAGAUCCUGAAGCGAUUUUAACAUUUCAAAAUCUGCGACAAGUUGAAGUUUCUAAAUGUGAGACUCUAAAAAGUCUUUUUCCAAUCUCGUUGGCCAAACAUCUUGAACAGCUUGAGAGUCUACAGAUAAAUGAUUGUGGAUUAAUGGAGGAAAUUGUUGCUUUGGAAGAAGGAUUGGAAACAACGACUGAGUUUGUGUUCACGCGAAUAACCUCUCUAAGUCUUGAAUUGUUGCCUGAACUCAAGUAUUUCUAUCCCGGAAAGCACACUUCAAGGUGGCCAUCAUUGAAAAUUUUGAAGAUAUGCAAAUGCAACAAAGUGAGGAUUGUUGCUUCAAAAGAAUUAAGCUUCCCAAAUACAGAUGGCUUGGACCAUCAUGUUCCAGUUCAGCAGCCGCUCUUUCUUAUUCAAAAGGAUACAUUCCCUAACUUGAAAGAAUUGAAUUUUGAUUGGUAUGAAACCAUGAAUCAGACAAAUGGUCGACUUUUUGGAGAGUUCUUUUGCAAACUAGAAGUUCUCAGAUUGGACGGCAAAGAUGAUAAAUUGAUAGCAGGCCCUUCGGUAUUUGUUGAAGGAUUACGCGAUCUUAAGUCUCUUUCCGUCAGUAAUCUUUUCUUCGAUAACGAAGGACAAUAUGCUGGGACGUUUGAUCGUUUGACAGAGUUGAAUCUAUAUAAAAUGCCCAAGUUGAUGCUUUUGUGGAAGGAAAACUCUGAACAAGGUAGGGCAUUUCAAAAUUUGGGGAUUCUGAGUGUAUCAGAAUGCGGCAGAUUAAAAAAUUUAGUUCCAUCCUCAAUGCAUUUCCGAAAUUUAAACUUUUUGAGUGUACGGAAAUGUCAUGGGUUGAUUAAUUUAGCAACUUCCUCAACAGUCAAAAGUUUGGUCCAACUCAAAGAAUUGAAUAUAUUUGAAUGCAAAAGAAUGAGAGAAAUAGUCACAAACGAGGGAGAAGGUGAAGCAGGAGAUGAGAUUUGUUUCAAUCAAUUGAUUUUUUUGCAUCUUGAUGAUUUACCCAGUCUGAGAAGCUUCCACUUGGGUAAUCGCACCAUCAAAUUCCCAUCACUGGAAUCUCUAUAUGUGACCAGAUGCCCGGAAAUGAAGAUCUUCUCUAAUGGAGUCCUAAGCAUGCCGAAGCUAAAGGUAGUUGGACUGGGCGAAAACGGAUGGUCAGUGUAUAGAAAACUGUUACCAGAGGAAGAUGUGAAUAGCGCCAUAAAAAGAUUUUGGGAGGAAAACUAUGAUCCAUGCGUGCAACAACUAUUCACUGAGAAGGAAAAUGGUGUUGAAGACUCGGAGGAUGACUCAGAGGAUGACUCAGUGGAUGUCUCGGAGGAUGACUCAGAGGAAGAUUGAUCUUUUAAUUUAUUAAUGAUUCAAUUCUAGAACAUUUAAAUAAUUUAUAUUGAAGUUGUUCAACGUAGGUUCUACUGUUGAACGUGUGAUGUAGUCUUUUUUUUUUUUUUUUUUUGAGGUGUGAUGUAGACUUUAUUAGAUUGGACCAAAAAAUUUGUCAGAAUGUAUUGGUGUGUUAUGGAUAAGGUUGAGACUCAUAUAUAGACUCGUAGUAGCUUUGUCACGGUUCUUUGGAACUAAGACAAGGCUAUUAUAUAGUCGAAGAAAUCAUAUGAAGUUUUAUUAGUGAAUCUUGUAGUUUCAUAGACAAAUUAAUGCAUUUUGUACUCAUUCAUUCUCAUCUUUAAGGAGUGAAAAACAUAUAGUAGGAUCUCUAACUCAUAUCUAAGGAGCGAAAAAC